GGCGGAUAUGCAUGGUGACUCGGAGUCGCUGAACGUGCACCUUCAGCCAACACCACCAUGUCGCGGUUAAUGCCCAUGCGAUCGCUGUCAUCGUUAACUAGGUCGCGCUCGGGCCUGUUCGUCCCUAGACUUGCUCAGACUCGGUUCAACUCAGGUGUCACUCGAGACCCAAUGACCGGAGAGUUCACCUCUCUCCCUGACAUUGAGGUGUCGCGUUUGCAAAUCGUACAGACUAACAAACCCAAGCCACCACCAAAUCCGGCCAGCCUAGUGUUCGGUCACACCUUCACCGAUCAUAUGCUGGCUGUUCCUUGGUCCGCAGCCUCGGGAUGGGAUGCUCCGCAGAUCAAGCCUUAUGGACCACUGUCACUCGACCCUAGCGCUACCGUCUUUCAUUACGCACAAGAGCUCUUCGAGGGCCUAAAGGCUUACCGAGAUGCGCACGGCAAGAUUACCAUGUUCCGCCCCGACAUGAACAUGAAGCGUAUGAACAGAACCGCUCAACGUAUUGCUUUACCUACGUUCGACGGAAACGCUGUCAUUGAACUCAUCAAGCAGCUUAUCCGCAUCGACAAACACUGGAUUCCAGACAAGGAAGGCUACAGCCUGUAUAUCCGCCCGACCUUCAUCGGCACUCAAGCGGCAUUAGGAAUUGCGCCGCCGAGGGAGGCGCUGCUCUUCGUGAUCUGCAGCCCCGUUGGUCCGUACUAUCCGCAAGGCUUCAAACCCGUCGCUCUGUACGGUACGACUGAACACAGCCGUGCUGCUCCUGGAGGUAUAGGUGCAUAUAAGCUGGGUGCAAACUAUGCACCUGGUGUGAUGGUGCAGAAGGAAGCCGCGAAGAAAGGCUACGUUCAGAACCUAUGGCUCCACGGUCCUGACCACCAUAUCACCGAGGUGGGAACGAUGAAUGCCUUCGUUGUCUUCAAGCAUUCCGACGGCGUGACUGAGAUCGUUACGCCUCCUCUUGACGGUAUGAUUCUCCCUGGUGUCACCCGUGAUUCCGUUCUGGCCCUCGCCCGCGACCAUGCAUCCGGCAAGACACCCCUUAAGGGCAUGCCUGAGGGUAAGUUCAUCGUCAAUGAGCGUCCUGUCACCAUGAAGGAGGUCGUGGAGGCUGCCGAGAAGGGCCAACUCGUCGAGUUCUUCGGCACAGGUACCGCUGCCGUGAUCAGCCCUGUCGAUCGUAUUGGCUAUCUGGGUCAGGAUCUACACAUUCCCGUCGGCGCCGACGGUAUGGGCCCCGUGUCGCGUCCUGUUUGGAAGCAGCUUGUCGGUAUCCAGACAGGCAAGAUUCCUCACCCCUGGAGCGUUCUGGUGGAUUAAGGUUCCGAUGUACAACACAUACAUCUCAUUCUUGCUUGCUUUGUCAAAUCUACAGCUAGAUGUUGUUGCUACUCUUCUACCUUUGCGUGCAAUAUCUCUGCUUCGUCUAAACUUUACCUUUCCGGCCCGGUGUUCCGCAUUCGGUAUGACGCAGUGAUACGAU